AUGCCCAUCACUACUUUGAUCUCGGAUCUUAAAGGGUUUAUACAAGAGAAGAAGGCCACGGAAGUGAUACCAGAUCCUGCCGAAGUAGAAUAUGAAACAAUGAUUGAAAUUGAAAAUGAAAUACAUCAACAAGCAAUUCAAAAAGAUCGUUCCUUCAACUUCAUUCCGAGAUUUUUCUUCUCAAAGAAGGGAAAUACUUCGGACAGAGAUAAAAUACAGAAUCUAUUCAUGGACGUUGUAAAGCAACGUUUCAUUUCAAGCCGAGAAAAAUCAGUGUUAUCGUCAAGUGAGCUAGACAAGGUGUGGGAACUCUUGUUAGAGCAGGAUUCAGCCAUGGAGGAAGGGAAUGAAAAGCUGACGUUUGUUGGUUAUGAAACAGUGAAAAAGCAAUUUCCAAAAGAGCAAGCCAAAGAAUAUUUUAGUUCGUCUUUAUUUCUCAAACUUCCAAAAGACGAAAUGGGGAGGAUAAACAUACCGGUGUUUUUCAAUCACAUCCUGAGAAAAGUGUCACUCAUUCAAAAUCGAAAUAUACUCAUGUCGUAUGACACAGAUAACGACGGCUAUUUAACUGAGAAAGACUUGGAGAGAUUUGUGGAUAAUUCAAUUGAACAGUUUGUGGGAUUGAGCACUAAUCCCAUACUAAGGAAUGACAAGAAUUUUAGAAAGAUUUAUGUGGAAACUAGUGUUAGAAAAUUUAUGUUCUUUCAUAAUGCCCACAACGGUCGAGUUUGUGUGGAAGAAUUUCUUGGAAGCAAAGAGCUAGUAGAGUUUAAUGAAUUGCAAAACGACGAUUUAUCUGAGGAAGAAGAAAUGAAUAACUGGUUUUCCAUACCUUCUGUAAAAAGUGUGAACGAAGCGUUCAUUCAACUAGAUUUUACUAGAAGCGGGUUAUUGAGCAAGAAUGAGUUUUCCAAAUUCAAUGCCAAUUCACUUACAACCGGGUUCAUCAAUAGAAUGUUUCAAGAAUAUGGUAGCAGGAAUGGCAAACUAGACUACAAAGGAUUUGUCGACUUUUUGCUGGCAUUUGAGAACAAGAAGACUGUUCAAUCUAUCAAAUACUUCUUCAACAUUUUAGACAAUUCCAAAACUGGUCGAAUAACCCCCUUCAUUAUUAACUAUUACUUUAGAGAUAUGCUAAAGAAAAUAAGGCAGAACGCCAAAUCAUCAAAUGCAACAAAUGAUCUCGCCGAAGAUUCUUUUGAAGACCCCGUAAAAACUGCUGACAUUGUGUUUGAAAUUUACUCAAUGGUUAAACCUAAGGACAAGAAAAACAUAACCAUUGAGGAUUUGGUAAAAAGCAUAGAGGUCGGUUCAACUGUAGUUGGUCUUCUAGUCGAUGUACAAGAGUUUUGGAAAUAUGAACAGAGAGAAGAAUCAGGCAAUUAA